CCCAAAAUGGCUUUGGGGCUACAGUGCCAGAGGACCGUGACGGUUCUACACUUCCUCUGCUGCCUGUGGGCCAUCUUCGCCCUCGCCCACAACGUUGGGCUGCCCCAGUCCGCCCGCAGGGAAAGAGAAUACACCUAUGGGGGCUCCUGGAAACAUCUGACCUUCCUUAACCAGGUUUUGCAGACCAUACUGUUUUCGUUGUGCGUCAUCAUUGAUUCUGUAGGACUCUGCCUCAUCCCUUCCCAUGAGAGGAAAGUAUCAUCUUUAUUGGUGCCUGUGAGAGAUUUCAUCUUUGCAUCAUUAGUUUUUCCUGUUGGUUUAUUUGUAGCUGUUGCUUUCUGGGGUCUCUAUGCAUAUGAUCGAGAACUAGUGUACCCUAGAGAACUGGAUGAUGUUAAUCCAACGUGGCUUAAUCAUUCCAUGCAUACUACCAUCCUGCCCCUGCUUUUCAUAGAGCUUGUCAUAUCCCCGCAUAAAUAUGUUCGUAAAAGAAUGGGAGUUCUUGGACUUACCAUCUUCACAGUUUCAUACCUCUGCUGGAUCAUUUGGGUACACUAUGCAUCUGGGAUUUGGGCAUAUCCAGUAUUGGAAGUUCUCGACAUAUCUGGGAAAAUAGUAUUUUUUUCCAUUGCCUACUGUAUAGUGCUAAUGUUCUACUUCCUUGGGUGGCUGCUAACAAAAAAGUUAUGGGGAAGGCGCAGAAAACAAACAUAAGAGUGGACACGGUGAAAGAAGUAAGAUAAUUAAAAGUGCAAGCUCGCUUUUGGAACAUAAUGCAACUUUAAUCAAGAUGAAAGCAUUCAUCGCAACUGGUUCCUAAUCUUUUAUUGAAAAUAACCUUCCCCCCCCCAGGUACAU